CAAUAGUAGGCUAUGGUACAGAUUACAAAACUCUAGAUCUAGUUGUAGAUUUAAUGAACACUUUUAUAACUGUGUAGUUGUAACCAACAACACAAAUGAAACGUGUACAAAAUAGUCAGCUUUGUUUUUCCCCAAAGAUAAGAAUUAGUUCAAGACCAGAAUGAUAGAACUAGGCUAUCUGUAGUGCAAAAGAGACAACCUCAUUUAGAAAUCAGCAAUUUGGGACGUUAAAUCUCAAGAUAUCAAGAGUCUAAUAGAGUCUUCAGGUUUUGAACUAGAUAUUUAGUUCAAGAAUCAGGUAGCUCAAAAUGCCAAUAGAGUGCAGAAUUUCCAAUGGUACAUUCUUCUGUGAAAAACUAAGUCACCAAGACAUAAUUGAAGCAUGCCAGAGAAAGCUCAAAGUAGCCCCAACUCCUUUAUUUGUGUACAGCAAAGCUCAAAUUGUCAAAAAUAUUCGCAUGUAUCUAGAUGCCCUCAAAUUGCUUGACUGUGAAAGCCAGCUAAAUUAUGCAGUUAAAGCUAAUCCAAAUUUCUCACUGCUAAGACUGAUUAGGUCACAAGGGGCAUCUGCGACACUAAUUAGUGGCAAUGAAAUCAGGCUGGCUCUUGAAGCAGGAUUUGAACCAACGUUGAUGAUGUAUAAUGGUGGAGGAAAAUGUCAGUGGGAGACACAGUUAGCUAUAGAGCACAAUCUCUUAAUAAAUGUUGAUAGCUUGUGGGAUUUGAAACAAACCUUAGACAUUUGCAGGAAUGGAUUCCCAGAGACUCGAACAGCAAGAUUAUUAUUGCGAAUAAAUUUAAAUAUUGAUUCAUCAGUUCAUAACUUUGUCAACACUGGCAAGGCUGACAGUAAAUUUGGUCUUUCUGAAAAAGAAUCAGAAGCAUGCCUGGAACUUUUGGAGCAACCUGGCUGUCCUGCUGAACUUGUGGGACUGCACUCACAUUUAGGAUCUACCAUUUAUCAAAGUGAUGUUUUCAGGCUUAGUUUAGAAAGGUUGCUAGAAUACCGUUCUAAACUUGUUAGUCGAGGCUUCAUAAAAGUAUCUUUGAUUAACAUUGGUGGAGGACUUGGAAUUGAUUACAAAUUGUUGGAGUUUGAAACUAAAGCUUGGCAGAGUGAAUCUGAAGACAACAAGAAAAACAUUUUGCAACUAAAAGAGUUUUUGCUAAAUCUUGAAGAGGAUCAAACUGAUGGUUGCAGCAGAAAGAAUAUCUUGUCUUCACUAUCUGCAUAUGUUAAUGAAAGCAUAGCUUUUGAGGACCUCAGACUUGCUACAACAGUAUUUUUAAGCACUAACAAACAUUUGGGCUCAAAAGUAGAACAAAUUUGUUCAAGUUUGACAGCUCCUAAGCCAGUUCAUGCAACACCUUUAGAUCUUAUUCAAUCUGUUAGUGACUUAUUAAAAGGUAAAGAUGUCAAACUAAUCAUUGAGCCUGGCCGUUCUAUUGUAGCCAAUAGCAGUGCUGUGAUUGCCAGAAUUUUAGGAUGUAAACAGUCUUCAGAAAAAAGGUUUAUCAUCCUGGAUGUUUCAAUGACUGAGAUUAUACGGCCUUGCCUUUAUGGAGCCUACCACCAUGUGACAAUCUUAAAUAACUCAGACUCCAGCAAUAAAAUGGAAAAGAAAGUCUUUAAUGUUGUGGGGCCUGUCUGUGAGAGUUCAGAUUUUUUAGCCCAGAAUCGCAUGCUUCCUGAUACCUGUGAAGGCUAUGCCAUCAUACAUGAUGUUGGGGCUUAUUGUUAUAGUAUGGCUUCUAACUACAAUGUCAGGAUGAGACCUGCAGAGGUUCUAGUUGAUGGUCAUGACUGCAUUUUAAUUCGACGACCAGAUACAUAUGAGGAUUUUAUGGCUCCAUAUAAGGAAAUUUAAUUUCCUUGUUUUUACUUACAUUUCUUUUGUAAACGCUUCCUGUUAAUAUAAAAAAAUGUCAUAUGUAUUUUUUAAAAUUUCAUAUGUAUUAUUUUUAAAAAAUUAUUAUUAUAGCUUUUAUAUAGCGCUACUUUCAUGCUUAUAGCAUGCUCAGAGCGCUUUUGGUCCAAUCUCAUUUGUCAUAUAUAUUAUUUUCAAAAAAUGUAUUAGCUAGUCUUUCAUUGGAAUGAUUUAAUUAUUCACUCUAUUAGUGUAAAUUUUUUUGAAAUCUUUUGCAAUAUUGUUGAAAUAUGUUGAGACUUGAGACAUGAUUAUAAACAGUUAAGAUUGAUUAAAAUUUUCCAAUUCAACCAAUUAAACAAUCAUUGCAAUGUCUGUUUUUAAAUGCUUUUUUUUUUUUGUACCAUUAAGUUUUGAAUCUGGUUUAUUGACCUAAUAAAGAUCCAAAGUACUUACUAGGCCUAUAUAGAAAAGUCCUAAAUAUUGCUGAAGUGCCAUAAAUUAUACAAAUGGA